GCAAACAUUAUGGGAAAACUGACGCUAUAUGGAGUGGAUCGAAGUCCCCCGGUUCGCGCCGUGCUGCUCACCUUGAAGGCCCUGGGUCUGGAAUUCGAGUUCAAGGUGGUUAACCUCUUGGAGAAGGAGCACCUGCAGCCGGCGUUCCUCAAGAUGAACCCACUGCACACUGUGCCCACUUUGGAUGACGAUGGCUUCUACCUGUACGACAGCCACGCCAUCAACGCCUACCUGGUGAGCAAGUACGGCAAGGAGGACUCCCUCUACCCCAAGGAUCUCCAGAAGCGGGCGAUAGUGGACCAGCGCCUGCACUACGACUCCAGUGUGGUGGUCACCACCAACCGGGCCAUCACCUUCCCCCUCUUCUGGGAGAACAACUCCCAGAUACCCAAGGCUCGAAUCGAUGCUCUCGAAGGCGUCUACAAGAAUCUGAACAUAUUGCUGGAAAGUUCGGAUUACUUGGCGGGAGAGGCUCUGACCAUUGCCGAUUUCUCAGUCAUUGCUGGCCUGUCGGGGAUUGUGGCGUUCCUGGAGGUGGAUGCCACCAAAUACCCCAAACUGGCGGCUUGGGUGGAGAGAAUCAAGCAGUUGCCAUACUAUGAGGAGGCCAACGGGUCUCGGGUGGUGAAGCUCCAUGAGUUCAUUCAAAGCAAGAACUUUGCAAUUGUUUAGAAAUUU